GACGAGGCUGGAGUAGUAGCGGCUAGCCUACAGCAAGAAGCAGCAGCUGCUGCCAACACCAAGCAGGCGAAAGAGAUAGACAGGGAGAGCGAGCGCGUGUUUCCCAGAUGGAGCAGAUGAACACUGCUGCUGCAAAGCCCAUCAGAUGCAGAGCGGCGGUGAGCAGGGUGGCCGGGCAGCCGCUGGUGAUGGAGGAGGUGGAGGUGGCGCCGCCGCGGGCGCACGAGGUCCGCAUCAAGAUCCUCUGCACCUCCAUCUGCCAUACGGACAUCACCUUCUGGCGCAUGGAAGGCAUUCAUCCGUCCAUCUUUGGUCAUGAAGCAGUCGGCGUUGUAGAGAGCGUGGGGGAGCACGUGCAGGAGGUGUCCGCGGGCGACAUGGUGGUGCCGGUGUUCACGGCGCAGUGCAGCGAGUGCCCCGACUGCCUCUCCGACCGCAGCAACCUCUGCUCCAAGCUGCCCAACCUCCCCGGCGGCAUGCCGCGCGACGGCACGACGCGCUUCUCCUCCGCCUCCACCGGCGACCCCAUCCGCCACUUCAUCGGAGUCUCCAGCUUCACCGAGUACACCGUCGUCGACGUCACCCACGUCGUCAGGCUCCCCGCCGCCUUCCCGCCGGCGAUGGCCUGCCUCCUCAGCUGCGGCGUCUCCACCGGUGUUGGCGCGGCGUGGAAGGUGGCGGCGGUGGAGCCCGGCUCGAGUGUCGCGGUGUUCGGACUGGGCGCCGUGGGGUUAGCGGUUGCUCAAGGGGCCAGGAUGCGUGGGGCUAAGAGGAUUAUUGGCGUGGACCUGAACGCCGACAAGUUCGAGAUUGGGAAGAGGUUGGGCAUCACCGACUUCGUCAAUCCGAAUGAUACCGGCGGGAAGACCGUCAGCGAGGUCAUCAAGGAGAUGACCGGCGGCGACGGCGCCGACUACUGCUUCGAGUGCAUCGGCUCGGCCUCGGUCAUGGCGGAGGCCUUCCAAAGCUCGCGAAUGGGGUGGGGGAAGACGAUCCUGCUCGGCGUGGUCAGCAACGCGGCGCCGAUCGCCAUACCGCCGCGCGACAUCCUCCGGGGAAGAUCGGUCGUCGGCUCGCUCUUCGGCGGGAUCAAACCCAAGAACGACAUCCCGAUGCUGGCCCAGAAGUACCUGCACAAGGAGCUGGAGCUGGAGGAGUUCGUGACGCACCAGAUGGGGUUCGACGAGAUCAACGGGGCGUUGGAGCUGCUCACGCAGGGGAAGAGCCUCCGGUGCAUCAUCUGGAUGGACGGCGCGAGGGAGAACGGGCGUGCGACGUGAGCGAUCCGACCAUCGAUGCCCCCCCAGCCGCCGCUACCCGUCCAUCCGAUCCGUCGCGGUCUCGUGGAUAUCGUGGGAAUUAGAACGGGUGGAUGGAUGGAUGGUGCAUUGGUGCCUCUGCCUCCUCGCUGUCGUGCGUAACUCGUACAGUCGUGUUGAUUUGGACGUUCGGUACCUGAAGCCUGUCUGCUCUGCUUGGAAAAUGCGCCUCGUGGCGACGGUGUACAGCUCUCGAUUAAUAAAUUAUGUGUUGAUUUUUUCCGGAUCGUCA